GUGUGAUGUUGUCUAUGAAGGCUGAAGCUAAACUUAGAGCCGGCCAUUCAGUGACAGAACAGGGUCAGCCAGGAGCAGGUGAAUCACACGCCUCAGGGUCAGAGAAUCUCAGCAAGACUCAGCUGGACUUGCAGGUCAGCAAGAAGCUUACUGCGGCUAUCAUGUCUGAUGGAUCAGUGCAACAGCCAGAUGAAGGGUCUGCUGCAGCCACACCUGCUGAGUCAGUCCCAGGGCCAGCUGAGGAGUUGGCAGUGAUCAUGCCUGCUGGAUCAAUAAAAGAAGUACCAGUUGCUGACCGCCCUACUGCAUCACUUCAAUGUGCAGAUGAAGUGCCACCUUCUAUCAUGCCUGCUGGAUCAAUUAUUUUGGCUAGUGAGGAGAUCAUUGGAGUGGAGCCUGCAGAGUCAGGUACUCAACCGAAGAGAGUAGUGCACAGAAUAAUGCCCGUCGGGUCAGUCAUGUACAACUGCAGAAGGCAUGUUCAAAUGAAUGCAAAUGCAGAGCCCACUGGUAUCAACCCUGUUGGAUCAGUUCCACUGCCAAAUGAUCAUCCAGCCUCCAUGAUGCCAGCAGAAUCAACUCUACAGCCAGGAUCAGUCCUACUACCAGAGGAGCAACCUGCCUCAAUCAUGCCUGCUGGAUCAUUUCUUCUCCCAGAUGAGCGUCCGGCCUUCAUCAUGCCCGCUGGAUCAUUCAUGCUAGCAUGUAAUGGGCCUGCUGCGUCACUUGUAAACCCAGAGGAGCAACCUGCCUCAAUCAUGCCUGCUGGAUCAGUCCUAUUGCCAGGUGAGGGUCCGGCCUCCAUUAUGCCAGCUGGAUCAAUCCUACUACCAGAGGACCAACCUGCCUCCAUUAUGCCUGCUGGAUCAUUUCUUCUCCCAGAUGAGCGUCCGGCCUUCAUCAUGCCCACUGGAUCAUUCAUGCUUGCAUGUAACGGGCCUGCUUUUUCACUUGUAAAGCCAGAUGAGGGUCCGGCCUCCAUGAUGCCAGAUGAGUCCACUCUACAGCCACAGGAGCAACCUGCCUCAAUUAUGCCUGCUGGAUCAGUCCUAUUCCCAGAGGACCAACCUGCCUCCAUUAUGCCUGCUGGAUCAUUUCUUCUCCCAGAUGAGCGUCCGACCUUCAUCAUGCCCGCUGGAUCAUUCAUGCUUGCAUGUAACGGGCCUGCUGUUUCACUUGUAAAGCCAGAUGAGGGUCCGGCCUCCAUGAUGCCAGAUGAGUCCACUCUACAGCCACAGGAGCAACCUGCCUCAAUUAUGCCUGCUGGAUCAGUCCUAUUCCCAGAGGACCAACCUGCCUCCAUUAUGCCUGCUGGAUCAUUUCUUCUCCCAGAUGAGCGUCCGGCCUUCAUCAUGCCCGCUGGAUCAUUCAUGCUUGCAUGUAACGGGCCUGCUGUUUCACUUGUAAAGCCAGAUGAGGGUCCGGCCUCCAUGAUGCCAGAUGAGUCCACUCUACAGCCAGAGGAGCAACCUGCCUCAAUCAUGCCUGCUGGAUCAGUCCUAUUGCCAGGUGAGGGUCCGGCCUCCAUUAUGCCAGCUGGAUCAAUCCUACUACCAGAGGACCAACCUGCCUCCAUUAUGCCUGCUGGAUCAUUUCUUCUCCCAGAUGAGCGUCCAGCCUUCAUCAUGCCCGCUGGAUCAUUCAUGCUUGCAUGUAACGGGCCUGCUGCUUCACUUGUAAAGCCAGAUGAGGGUCCGGCCUCCAUGAUGCCAGACGAGUCCACUCUACAGCCACAGAAGCAACCUGCCUCAAUUAUGCCUGCUGGAUCAGUCCUAUUCCCAGGUGAAGGUCCGGUCUCCAUUAUGCCAGAUGAGUCCACUCUACAGCCAGAGGAGCAACCUGCCUCAAUCAUGCCUGCUGGAUCAGUCCUAUUGCCAGGUGAGGGUCCGGCCUCCAUUAUGCCAGCUGGAUCAAUCCUACUACCAGAGGACCAACCUGCCUCCAUUAUGCCUGCUGGAUCAUUUCUUCUCCCAGAUGAGCGUCCGGCCUUCAUCAUGCCCGCUGGAUCAUUCAUGCUUGCAUGUAACGGGCCUGCUGCUUCACUUGUAAAGCCAGAUGAGGGUCCGGCCUCCAUGAUGCCAGAUGAGUCCACUCUACAGCCACAGGAGCAACCUGCCUCAAUCAUGCCUGCUGGAUCAGUCCUAUUGCCAGGUGAGGGUCCGGCCUCCAUCAUGCCUUGUGAAUCAACCCUACAGCCAGAGGAGGGUCCGUCCUUCAUUAUGCCUGCUGGAUCAGUCUUACUUGCUAGGGAGGAGCUUGUUCCUGUAGAUCCUGCUAAAUCAAUGACUCUAGAGAAAUCAGAAAACAGAACGAUGCCUCUCAGAUCAGUAAUGUGCGUCAACCGAAAACACAUGGACCCUGCUCACUCGGAUAUCAUGAGCCAGGGGGUACCUUCUGGAAUCAGGCCUGUGAGGUUAGUUACAAACACCGAUAGUUUGACACAUCCACAUAGAUUCCCACCUGUCGGAGCAGCAGUAGUUGAACAGAGAAGGUGGAUCCCUGGGAUGAGUCUUCAGGUCACUUCCAUGACUGUAGGGGAUUCUUCUCUGACCGAUACGUAUGUGAGCAGCAGUGGAAAGGAGAUCAUGAAGGACCUCAAUGACCGCCUGGCUUCCUAUCUGGAAAGAGUGCGUCUGCUGGAGUCCACCAACUGCAGCCUGGAGGAGCACAUCCGCGAAUGGAAUGAGACGCGGUCACUGAAGCCUCGGGACACGAGUGGAUACGUGGUGGCCAUCAGCUGCCUGUGUGAUCAGAUUCUCUCUGCCUUACAAGACAAGUCCCGUCUGGUAACCGAAGCGGAAAACCUGCACCUGGCUGCCCUCCAGCUGCAGUCAAAGUAUGAGGAGGAGAGGGCAGAAAGGCUCAGCAAUGAGGCCUUCAUAAGAGACCUGAGGAAGACCCUUGAAGAGAUCACAGAAGCAGGAGUCGGCCUGGCACAGGAGGCCCAGCAGCUGCAGGAGGAGCAGUUGGUCAUGAAGAUGAACCACAAGGAGGAUCUACUGAGGGCCAGUCGUCAACAAGGCAGAGCCAUCAAUGUGGACGUGAAGCUUACCCAGCAGGACAGCCUUGGUGAGGUCAUGGACCAAGUCAGAGCUCAAUGUGCAGAUGUUUUGGAAAGAAGCCUUGAACAGCUGGACAGCUGGCUAAAGACUAAGUUUGAAAGCCACUGUCACCCAGAAGCCUGCCCAUCAGACAAGCUUCAGUCCAGCCAGACAGAGGUCUCCUCACUCAGGCACUCUGCUCAGGACCUAGAGAUCACCCUGAGUUCACUGCUCAGCAUGAAUGACACUCUGGAGAGGAGCCUGCAGGAGACGGAGGAACAGAACAGCGGCCACCUUGGUGAGCUGCAAGCUCUCAUACACAUGAUGGAGGCCAACCUGACACAAAUCAAGACAGACGCCGCUCAUCAGCAGCAGGAGUACAAUGUGCUGCUGGGCAUCAAGUCCAAGCUGGAGACUGAAAUCACAAAGUACCACCAUCUACUGGACCAAGGGGACAAAAGAGCCCAGCACAACUAAUCAAAAACUGCAGGAUGAUGGAAGAUGGUGGGCAAUGAAUGAACCAGACACAGUGAGCAUGAGCACUGCCAUGGAUUUAUGACUGGGAACAUUUUAUUAAUAAAUCCCACUGCUGUG